GCCUUCACAACCUCUGCCAGGGGAGCAGGCACAUAUACCAAUUUGGUACCCUCACCAGCUGCAGCUAUCCCUCCUGAAUCAAGGUAAUGCAAGGAGUAGUUAAAGCAAUACAGGCCCAUGGAAACCGGCUCAAACAUGCAGUUCUACAGCACCUCAGAUUCACGGAUGGCUUUUACUGGCCUAACAUAGUCACACGUUUUGAGACUGCUAUUUCAACUCCUAGGAUACCACAUAAAGGAUUGGAGAACAUAACAGUAUAUGAGCUUCUGAAAGCAAAGGGAGAAGAAGAAAAAGAAGCAGUAUAUUGGUGUCGCACGAGUGAUACAGUCUAUGAUGCAGUACAGAAUAUGACACAACACAAUAUUGGAGCCUUGGUUGUGAUAAAGCCAGAGGAUGAAAAACUGCUUGCUGGUAUUGUCACUGAGAGAGAUUAUCUACGGAAAAUUAUUGUGCAAGGAAAAUCUUCCACAGCAACAAGAGUCGGGGAAAUAAUGACUGAUGAGAACAAACUCAUUUCUGUGACUUCCGAUACAAACAUUCUAAAAGCUAUGCAGCUAAUGAUAGACCAUCAUAUUCGUCACAUGCCAGUAAUUGACAAGAAGGUAGUUGGCAUGAUCUCAAUCGUAGAUGUCGUUCGAACAAUAGUAGAACAGCAACAUGCAGAAGUGAAGCAUCUGAAUGAGUAUAUCAAAGGCAAUUAUUAAUACAAUAUGGUCAUCCAUACUUGAACAUUUACCCUAGCAAAAUCUCUGUGCUGCAACACCAUGGUGUUUGGAAUCA